AUGGCCCUCAACGGAACGUAUGAUGUCCUCACAGUGCCUCUGCUUCUACCAAAGACGGUUGUCCAAUCUCUUCUCCCUCCAAGCCUGCGUGACCUGACGCCAUCCGUCCUACUGCCCAUCCCCACAUCGGUCCUCUCCGCAUGCCACUUUCCUCCCAACGAAGGCAGUAGCGAAGAGAAGCACCUCGUUGUGCUCCAGUUCGGCUCCCAGAAGGGAGCUGGGCCUAGCAUCAUUGGGAUGAACUUCCAAGAGGCCAAAUUGGAGAUUCCUUACGUCAGGCAUCCAAAGUGCAAGGACGAGCAGCGCGACUUUCAGUUCAAGCAGAAGUGCAUCUUCUCAAACCGCAUCGUCAGCACGAGCGCCUCCCACCUCACCGGUCUCAACUCCUCCCUCACAUCCUUUACACCUCCACAAUCGCCCUGGGAGGAUGCAGACGGGGCAGAGGUCAUCACUUACUCUGCAGAUGGCUUCUUCGAUGUCACUGCAAAGCUCAUGACAGAAGGGAAAGAGGCGAUGCAAGCCGAGGGGGCAAAGACGCUCAAGGAGCUGAGCGAGGCGUGGUGGUAUGGUGAUCGGACGGGCACCGUCAUUACGAGGUUCGAUUUUGACGAGCCCUCUAUCGGCCCAACGGCAUACAACGUAACAGUGCGACUCAACCUGACAGCGUUUCCAUCAGAUGCAAAGGACACGACGGGUGAAAUGGAGACGUACGAGUCAGUGGGAGUGAGGUGGAGGUCAUCUUACGUCGCUAGGGUUGACAAGGUAUAG